AUGAAGGAAGUGGCCUGCUUUUGCAUGAGUUUUUCUUCCUUGUGGGAACAGAUGGUGAAGGCUUACAAAUACAUAACUGGUAUUUUUUCAGUGACUCAUACCUCAGAGCAACAAGCUUCAGAUCGUGAUAAGCAGCCAACCAAGAUGGAUGUAAGCUUACUUGAGGAGCAGUAUGACCAUAUAAAACAGAAGCAAAAGCUGCAGUCACACAUUAUUAUAUUUAAAACAGGUGCACAGGAAUCUGUUCUCCCAGAAUCGAUGGUCAGCACUGUUUUAAUUAAUAAAAAAGUUAGAAAAUCGAAGUCAUUUACAGAACAUGUUCCCAUCAGAAAGGUCAGGCUGGAGGUGACCAGCAAUGGCAACGUGCAAGACAACUCACCAUGGCGCACUCACCUGGGAAUUCACCGCCUGGCACAAGCCCCUUGUCAAGAAGUUCCCUGGGAUCCUUCCCGCUGCAGGAACGGACCGUGCAGUUUUGACAACCGGAGACUGAUUUCAAAGGAAAACGGCCCACUGCAGCACCAGGAAUUAGAAGGUGCGAGUGAACUAUCCGUGCUCAGUCAGCUGGGAAGUUCGAGCAUGUCGAAUGGUUUCAGCAAAGAGAACGGCAGCAACGUUUCAGAAAGCUGCCAAAAGCCUCCUCUGAAAUCAGCCGCUUCGGCAGUUUGGAUGCAGCAAUACAUUUCCUCUACAAAAUGCACGCCAGCUUGCCACAAACUAGACUUUUACCCUUUCCCCAAUAAGAAAGCACCCAGAAUUUCCGAAGCAGCAAGGAGGCUUGGGUUGUAUGUCUCACGAUGAAGAUCUUCAGUAACACCUAAAAUUUAGUCAAAAAAAAAAAAAAGAGUUAAACUUAAAACAGCAAAACAGUCUUCCUAGUUGCCCUGAUCAACCUCCUGAAAGCCUAAUACUUGUAUUACUCAAGGAAGAUCUUCUCUAAGUAAUCUGUUGCUUUACAGCCCAAUGUAAAGUGAGAUUUUGUAACGAAGAUCCUGGACUGCAACAGAAACUCACUUUGGCUGCUAUUCCAGAUAUAGGAGCAAUCUUCUGUUUGUUUGUUUCCUUCUCUAUUUUCAGGUUACUUGUUUUAGAAACUAAAAUUUUAUCACAACAGCAUUUGAAAUACCUGAAAGAGCUAGAGCAAAGAUUAGCAAAACUGCUAAUGAAGCAACUUGGCUAAAUUUCAAUGUGGUACAAUUU